UCUCUCCUCUUCCAGAGCUGAUUCACUUCCUGUAGGGACUGAAAACCAAGUGAGGAGAUGAAGAAUUGUACUGUACUACACCAGAGAAUCAGAGAGGAUGGGCACCAUAGAUAGAUCUUGACUAUCACCCAAGGAACAACUACACAACUGUGGAAAGACAUCCAGUCCCUUCACAGCAUUACUCAAUGCAGAGAAGGUUGGGCAGUGAAACUAUCGUCCGGAAAUCAGUCAGUUCAGAGGAGCAUAUCAUUAGAUUUGAAACUGGUCAGUGGUGUGCAUCCUUUCAUCCAAACCAACCUUUCUGAAGGUUCGGCUGUGAGAGAUCAGUCUUUGUGAUGCUGGGAAGAAGUGAGAGCAGGCUUCAGGUGUGGUAAGAACUUCAUUCAUUCAUCAAGUCUCAUGAAAUACUGAUUCAUUCCUACAGGUAAGAGGCUGUUCAACUGUUGGGUUUGUGAGGAGAGUUACACAGAUUCAUCAGCUCCCCCAGCAACAGGGAGUCACUGUUAAUACAGCUGCAUGGAAGAGAAACCUUUCAAGUGUGAAUUGUGCAACAAAUCAUUCUGGUGCUCAUCAGACUUUCUUGUGCACCAACGCAUUCACACAGGGGAGAAACCAUUUACCUGUGACGUGUGUAAGAAAUCAUUCUCUCAGUCAGCGACGUUACGUGUUCACCAACGCAUUCAUACAGGGGAAAAACCAUUUACGUGUGAGGUGUGUGACAAAUCAUUCACGCAGUUAUCAAGCCUCCGGGUCCACCAAACAAUCCAUACAGGGGAGAAACUCUUCAAGUGUGAAGUUUGUGAAAAAGCAUUUGCAACAUCUACAAGGCUCCUGGAACACCAGAGCGUCCACACAGGGGAGAAACCCUUCAGGUGUCAGGUGUGUAACAAAUCAUUCUCACGCUCAACUCAUUUCCGUACACAUCAACGCAUUCACACUGGAGAGAAACCAUUCACCUGCCAAGUGUGUAACAAAUCAUUCUCACGGUCUUCGAACCUCCUUGAACACCAACGCCUUCACACUGGGGAGAAGACUUUCAAAUGUGAGGUGUGUAAUAAGAGUUUUGCACAAUUGUCAGGCCUUGUGAAACACCGGCACACUCACACAGGAGAGAAGAAAAUAUUCACGUGUGACGUGUGUAAUGAGGAGUUUGAACAAUUGUGGGGAAUGUUGGAUCACCGUCGCAUUCACACAGUUGGGGAAACCAAAUCAGGUGUGUGACUGAGUAUUCACACAGUCAGCGAUACUCAAGAAACACAGACACAACCACACUGAGAAAGGGUUUGUGCUAGGCUGUGUGGCAAAUGCUUCAUAAGGCCAAAAUUACUGACCAGGGAGAAACCAUUGAAAUGUGAGGUAUAUAGCCAUGAUUACACACUGUCAGUGACAAUGACGUGUCCAACUAGUGCAGGGUGUUUAAUGAAGGCUAUGUACAAUCAUUGGGCCUGAUGUAUCACAAACGUAUCCCUGCUGGGGAAAAACUUGAUGUGUGAACUCUGUGACAUUUUCUUCACACAUUUGUGAAAGCUCCUGCUCCCUCAGAGAAUCUCCAUGGCGGAGUGACUGUGCAAUCCUUGACUCUUGCACCACCAGAAGGUUCGGGAAGAUGAACUAUUCUGGUGUGAAGCUAAUAACAAGAUAUUUAUCAUCUGAUCUCCAAAAAUACCACUGGAUCCAGACUGGUCUAAAAUACGUGACAAGGCUGUUACACAGUGUAUUCCGAUCCAUCAAUGCAUUUGCAUAAGGGAGAAACCCUGUCUGUGUGAGUGCUGUAAUAAAGGAUUCAAUUAUUGGACCUCAUAGAACAUCAGCGAAUCCACACGGGAGACAAACCCUUCCAGUGUGAAGUGUGUCCACUGUUUCACAUUAUUGUUCUCCUCCUGUCAUUGGACACCAUGUCUGCAUAUGGACUCGAAGCUGGGUCACCUGCCUCUAUUGCUCUGAGAGCUGUCUGUAUUGUUUACCCUCUGUGCUCACAAAGGGGAGCUAUCAUUCCAAAGUUUUGUCUAUGUCGACAAUAUCUAUCUCAAACCUCUCCCACCAUUGGUCCUAUUGUUUCAAAAAAAGUGUAACCUUUGACCUGAAUACCAAACAUCACCAGAAGACAUCAAUAUGUACAAAAGCUCCUGUGUAAAUAUGGCAUCCUUUCAGUGCUGUGUCAGGAACGAGUCACUCACUGACUCUCACUCUGACCAAGAAGACAAUCAGAUACUCAGUGGUUCGAAAGACUUCAGCUUCUGAUCAACCAGCACAUGCAGUCAGGGGAGGAGCCAUUCUUGGGGCAGUAAUAGAGGUACAUCAAUUAGCCUCAAUGUCUUUGGUCAAUGGAGGAGGAGAAUCAACCAGGAACCCUAUUCCUCACCAGUGAGUCCAGCUGGGGAGUCAGGGGGAGGGCAGGAUGUGCCUCAGCUGUGACAGUCUCCAUUGUUUCACAACAUUCAAUGUUUAGCUCUCCACAUGGUGAAUGGGCACUCAGAGCACUAAAGGCCAAUCAAAAUCCACAGUCUGCCCUCUGGGUCAGUAUCUUGAAGACUGAAGAGUGAAAGGACAACAACUUGCAUAUAUUUAGCGCCUUAAUAUAAUAAAACAUCCCAAAGUAUAUCCUAGAAAUGUAAUCAGAUAGAAAUUAAAAUAGCAGAGACAAAGGAGUGCUAAGAAAGGGAUUAACAAAAAUUUGGUCAAACCGAUGGGUUUAACAAGGGUCCUCAAUAAACGGACAGAGGUAUUGAUGCAGAGAGGUUUAAAGAAGGUAUCCUGAAGAAUACUUAAUGUCCAAGGAGCAUCUGUUCCAAGCACUGUUAACAUGGGUGGGGGAGAAGAGAAACCCUUCAAAUAAGAUUUACAUUCAAGCUUUCAUUAUGUCUUUGAGCCUCCUGGGACACAGAGGAAUUAUACAGAUGUGUGAGGCGUAUGACUGAUUCUUCAACCCUUGUACUCCUUCUUGCCUUCUCCCCAUGGUACAUUCAUUCUUUGCAGUUCUCUCUUGAAUGCUCAAUCGAGCCUGUCUCCACCACUCUUGGGCCUAAUGUUCCAGACCCCAACUGCUCACUAUAUGAAUUUUUUUUUCUGAUGUCAUUACUACCGCUUUUGCCAAUUACCUUAAGCUUGUGUCCCGUCAGUCUUGAUCCUUGCAUGAGUAGGAUCAGUUUUUUCCUGUUUGCUCUGUCCAGACUUCUCAUAAUUUUGAAAACUUUUAUCAAAUAUGCAAUCAGUCCUCUCUUCUCCAGUGAAAACAGUCCCUUUUCUGCAAUCUUAUUCUAUAACAGAAGUUUGUCAUUCCUGAAGCCAUUCUUGUGAAUCUUCAUUCCACUAUCGCGAAUAUAUAAAGCCUAGUCCAGAACUGGACACACUCCAGCUCAGGCUAAGACAAUGUUUAAUGUGGGUUUUGUAGAUAACUAUCUUGCUUUUGUAGUCUGUGCCCUUGUUGAUAACUCCUGGGAUGCCAUUUGCUUCAUUAACUACUUUCUCAAACUCUCUGGCAACGUUCAUUGAUGUUGCACAGCUUCACCGAGGGGCUUCUGCUCCUCUAGCCUUUUAGAAUUGUACCUUUACAUUAGGUUGUUUUUCUGUGUUCUCUGUACCGAAACAAAUCACUUCACAUUUUUGUGCAUUAAAUUUGAUCUCCUAUCUCUCUUCCCAUUUCACAUACCUGUUUAUCUCCUUAAGAAAUUCUGCAUCUUCCUUGUCACAGUUCACAAGACCCCCGAAUUUAGUGUAAAUGUUGUUAUUAUGCUGUGUACACCAAGAUCUAGGUAAUUAAUUAUAUCUAAGGAAGAACCAUGUCGCUUAGCACCUAACCCUGAAGAACAUCACUAUAAACCUUUCUUCAGCUUGAGAAACAUCCAUUCAUCACUUCCUCACUAGUCCUUGUCACUCAGAUCAUGUUGUAACCAUGAAGCUACUUGACCUUUGCUUCACUUUACUCUCAAAGCUGCGUGGGGCAUGUUAUCAAAUGCCUUUUGGAUGUUGAUAUGCACCACAUUAUCCAGGCUUGGGCUGACAUAUGGCAAGUAACAUUUGCACCACAAGAAGGCCAGGCAAUGACCAUCUGUAAUAAGAGACCAUUUAAUCAAUCCCCCUUGACAUUCAAUGUUAGCAUCACUGAAUCCCCUACUAUCAUAUCCUUGGAGUUACCACUGACCAGAAACUCAACUGGUUACAUAAUACAUUGCCACAUAAACACGGUGGCUACAGGAGCAGGUCAGAUGCUAGGAAUAUUGCAGUGAGUAACUCACCAAAUGAAUCCCCAAAGCUUGUCCACCAUCUGCAAGGUAUAAGUCAGGCAUGUGAUGAAGUACUUCCCAAUUGCCUGGAUGGGUGCGGUUCCAAUAACACUCAAGAAGCAUAACACCAUGGAUCAUCAAGCCUUUCUGCUGCAUCAUCAGAAAACUUCUGGAGGUUAGUUAAAUAUUCGUUGUUCUUUAUAGAUCUGUUGUAUCUUUCCUUAGUUAACUCACAUUUGCCCAAGUGACUUAUUUUGUCCUGAUUUAUUGUUUCUAGAAGCUUUACACCCACUAAUGUUAAUUGCUGCAUCUAUCUUUAAACCUUAUUUGAACAGGGUGUAGUAUUUGCAGUUCUUCCAUUCUCCUGCUCCACUUCCAAUUCUCAGGAAGACUGGAAAGUUAUGGCCAGUGCCUCCAUAAUUCUUACUCCAACCAAGUAAUCUCUUCUUUAAAAGGCAGUCCAUUGUUCAUUUACCAUUUCACCUGACAACCUUUUAAUCCAAUUUAUCUGGCCAAAUCUGUUCCUUACCCAACUGCUGUUGGUUUUCCCCAGUUCAUUAUUCUUGUUCAUUAUUGUUCCUUGUCCUUCUCAAUCCCCACACCUAAACCUUCUGAUACAAUGAUCACUGUCCCCUCAGUAUACUCCUCCUGACACUUGUACCCACUCGGUGACAUCCUCGAUCCUGGUAUUAGCAAGGUUACAUACAAUCCUGGAUUCAUGUCUCCAGCCACAGAAACAUUUGUCUAUUCUUGGAACUAUUGAGUCUCUUACUGCUCUUCCAGUCUUCAGUGUACCUCCCUGUACAGUUAAGCCGACUGUGAUGCUGUGGACUCCCGGAUCACCCACCUCUUUCAUCAGGAUUUGGAGCUCAGUACUGGCUAGAAAGUGAGAAACAUUCAGAGGUCUUGCAAUACUUGCCUUCCUCUCACUUCCUAAACUGACCCCUUAACAGCCUUGUUCCAAUUUUAGUGCAAUGGCCACUGUGCUUGUAAGGGUAUCCAACUCCCAGGAAUAGAGAAGGGGUAGAAACAGACCUGUUGUGAUAUGAAUUAUAGACAGAUCCUCCUCAGGUAAUGGGUGUUUGACUAAUACCAUUGUGAAUGUUUGUACUCUCCUGUCAUGAAAACUCCUGAGUAUUCAUGAGUGAGGAAGUGAGGAUGAGACUGUACAGAUCUCCGAGUAUCCUCAGCCCAUAAAAAGCUUGAUGUUGUCACAAUGUGGUAUGUUCACCUUACACCGUUCUGAGGUUCAUUUCAUGAUCUGAGAAAGAUGUUGAGUCAUUUUCAAGUGCUUUGAUGUUUUAGCUUCAUUCUAAAUUUGGUGUAAGCUAAAUGUUGUGGUGACAUUCCUCAGUUGUUUUAUCUCACAAUAAAUUCACUGCUUAGCGUAAGCCAAGAAAUUUAAUAUCUUAGCCUGGUGUUUUGUUUUCCACAGAAACAAUUAGGAUCCUAUGUAAGAGUCUGAUAUACAAUAUAUUGGUCAACGUCAUUAUGAACAGGGACAUUUUGUCUAUCCAGGGGUUUAUAAUUUCAAAAUAUACAGCAUAGAGCAUGGAAACAGACCCUUCAGUCCAACCAGUCCAUGCUGACCAAAACCCCAAAAUAAACUAGUCCCGCCUAUCUACACUUGGCCCAUAUCUCUCCAAGCCUUUCUUAUUCAUGUACUUACCCAAAUUUUAUUAUUGCUUUUUUUGAAUAUUAAAGAUCCAAAAAAAAGUAAAAAUCUUAAACUACAGAAACGUAAUAAUAAAAACAAUAGUAAAGUUAGAAGUAAGCCUGCAAUCUCAGCAGCAUCUGCAAUAUCCACACUACUCUCAGUCUACCGUUUUUCGUCAAGCAUCCAUAUCCCUUAAAGAAAGACUUGCAUAUGUCAACUUUCACAACCUUAGGGUGUCAAAAAUCAUUUCACAGCCAAUGAAGUUAAGGGUUUGUAAGUAACUGAUUCCAUAAAUCUUAUGUUCCCAGAAACAGCGGCAUAUCAGCCUCAGUGCUCUUGUCUCUACAGAGAGUCAAGAAACUACAGCUUUCUAACUCAGAGACAAAAAUGCAAACUAAACCAUAACCAGCCUUCAGUUGCACAAACAGCCUUUACCAGCACCCUCCGUCUCCUUCCACUACACCAAUUUUCUAACUUGCAAAAUUACCUUGGAUCCCAUGUGCUUUUACCACCUUUCAUCAUUCUCCCAUGUGGGACCUUGUCAAAGGCUUUGCUGAAAUCAUAUAAACGACAUCAGCUGCAAAGCCCUGAUCAACAUACUUGGACACCUCCUUGAAAGAUUCAGCCAGAUUUGUUAGGCAUGACCUACUUCUGACAAAGCAGUGGUAUCUACCCAUGAUAAACCUUUCUUCAUUUGGCAUAAAAUGGAUAUGAAAUAAGUGACUCAUACUGGUGUUGAAGGAAGAGGUUUUGAUGAACCGUUGCAAAGCACAUAAGUAAUCUUGAGGAUUUGGCAUGUUUUAGAAAUGAGCAAAUGGUGACCAACACGUUGUUGAAGACUGAAAAAGUAGAAUCAGUGUAAAUGAGCCAGAAAUAGCAAAACUGAUUCUAAAGCUUUCAUAAAUAAGGAAGAGAGAGGCUGAGGUAAAUGUUUUGGUCACACAAGCCAGAAGCAUAAGUAAUUGUCAUGAGGAAUGAAAAAUAAUUUGUUACAUAUCUAUAAUAGAUUGCAAUCAAGGGUCGAGUAAGAAUGAGAAAUUCCAAUUUUUUUUCUGCUCCUGCUAUUUACUUUUGGAUAAACUUGAGAGAAAAAGCUGGUGAAUUUCUAUGACAUGAUUCUCUAUAAUAGUGCAUCAAUUACAAGAUAUUUAGGUCCAAAGAAUAAAUUAUUGAAUAUUCCAGAGAAACGCUGCACUCGUUUUAUCUUGAAAUCAGUAUGACUUGUCAAUCAUAUCUAUCAAAAUUUGAAUGCACGCCUGUGAAUUGUGGCUGCUGAAGUUUUUAAUAAAAAGAUAUUCUACUGCCACAGAAGUUCAUUAAAUAUGUUUUCUGCUUCUCCUCCAACAUUGAUUACUAUUAUUGGGUUGCAACUCUUCAUAUAUUGGCCUAAAUAGAUAUUAUAAAAUUGGAAAGAGUGCAGAAAAGAUUUAUAAAGAUGUUACUGGGGCUGGAGGGUUUGAGUUGUAAGGAGUGGCUGGAUAGGUUGGGACUUUUUUUGCUGGAGUGUCGGAGGUUGAGGAGUGACCGCAUAGAGAUUUAUAAGAUCAUGAGGAAUAUAGAUAAGGUGAAUGGCAAAUCUCUUUUCCCGAGGGUAGGGGAAAAUUUUAAGUUGAGAGGAGAAAGAUUUAAAAGGGGCAAUGUGUUCACGCAUAGGGUGAUUGGUACGUGGAAUGAACUGCCAGAGGAAAUGGUAGCUGGAGAUAUAGUUCCAAUGUUCAAAAGACAUUUGGACAGGUACAUGAAUAGGAAAGGUUCGAGGGAUUUGGGUCUAGUUUAGUUUGGGAAAC